GUGUUGGAUGGUAUUUUGGUAGAUGUUCUUUCUCUCAAAGGGGAUUUGAAAUUUAUCAACCUUGAGACGCAAAUGCAACCUGUUGAGGAUAGAUUGAAGUGUCUCCGAAGCUUUAUGCGAAUUUAUCUCAAUUAUUGGAUGAAGGUUAUGAAUCUGAUGAACUCAAGUUUCGGAGAAUGUUGAUGAUGAGCUACCUGUAGAUAUAAUUGAUCAUCAGUAGUACAGGGACAGUGGUCAAUCUGCGGAUCAUGAGGAGUCGAGGAGGUUGUGGAUCGAAGUGGUGGUGAUAAGAAGCAGACUAGUUCUGGUAAUAAUUUCCUUUAGUUUGUAAUUGUAUGUGAAUCAAGUUCUUAAGCUUUUAUGAGUUUUAGUUGGUGUCUAUAAAUUUAGUGAUGUCAUUAGUCUGAUUGAUGAAUAGGAAGAUUGAACCUUAAGUGUUACUGUUUUAGCUGGUGUCUAUAAAUGUAGUGAUGACUAUAAAUUUAGUUGGUGUCUUUUUUACUGUGUUGUGAUUUAUUUGCAGAUAUCGAAAUGAUUAGUACUUUAAAGUAUUAUAGUAUGAUGAAUUGUAGGUAUCCUAUCACCUAUGAUGUGUUCAUAUUCCAUAAUGUAAUGCUCCUAGUGUUUGUGAAAAGUUCUCAUCGAAGAUAAAUUUGAAUUUUUUUGGUCUCAAUUCUUCUCUUUAAUUGUCUCUUCUUUGGUUGAUCUUCUCUUUGUCCAUGUUUGUUUCUCUUCUUUGAUUGUCUUCCUCUCUUUGGUUUCUUCUGAUUGAUUGGUCUCUCUCUAUUGAUUCUUCUGAAUGGUUGUUUCUCUCCGAUGUUGACUCUUCGGUUUGGUUUUGCUCCUUCUCUCUUCAGUCUGAUUGUUUCUCCCUGCUGAUUUCUUCUGAUUGAUUGCUUCUUUCUGUUGAUUCUUCUUAUUGAUCGUCUACUACAAAUUUGGUUGUUUGGUGAGUCGAGUGCUCACAUUUGGUGAUUUAAGUGCUCACAAUUUGGUUUCAAUUUGGUUUAUUCUGAUUGCAUUCCACUUCUCCCUCUAUUGUUUCUUCUGAUUGCACUUCUCCAUCUAUUGGUUCUUUUGAUUGAUGGCACUUCUCCCUAUUGCACUUCUCUCCUGAUUGCAUUGCACUUCUCCCUAUUGGUUCUUUUGUUUGAUCGGUCUCCUCUCCCUUGAUUGGUUCUUUUGGUUUGGUUUUGGUAAGCUUGGAAUAAAUUGGAUGUUGGAUUGGUUUGAGAUUGAUUCUUCUAUCUGAUGGUUUCUCUCUUUGGAGGUUACUUCUCUCUCGGAUGAUUGCUCACUUUGGUUGCUUCUUUCAAUUGGUUAGUUAUUAGCUCGGUUGGUUACGCUAGUAGUUGGUUGAUUUAUUUUCAGGGUAACUUGUAACAAGCUUAAAAGCUUAGUAAGAUUUAGCUUGAGGGGUAGUAUUAAGAUAAAAAGUUUUGAGUUUAUAUUAUUCAGCUGUGCUAUUUUUAGCGAAUUUUAAUUUCGCGAAGCAUCACGACAGUGUUACUUAAAAUUCAGAAACUGCGUUACCAUACACAUGUGGAGUAGGUUUGAUAAGUCAAGCCAAUGAAAUUACAACAUGUAUUGUUCGUGAUGGUUUCGGGACAAAAUCUUUCGCUUUAAGUAGCAUUUCUCUAUAUUAUUUAGUAUGUUUUUCGUAUUUUGUUUUGUUUGACAAACUUACAAUGCUUCUUGUUAACACAUCGUGAGUUUGAGCGUAGGUGUUAGAUAAUAAGUUAUUGGGCUUGCUAUUGUGCCAAUUAGAUUUGCUAUAUAAUCCCUUGUAACUCUAUUUUAUGAUAUUUUCUCUCCCCACCCCCCACGUUUCUUUUAUACCCCCCUUAAAUCCCAGUUUGCCCUUCGAAAAUGACCACUUUUUUGGUUAGCAAAUUCGGGUUUUACGAAUCGAAAAAAUAAAAACUUCGGUUUUUAAAAACCACUCGCUUUAUACUUCGAGUUUUACGAAUCGAAGUAUGUUUAUAUAGAAAGCAACCUCUCACAUUCUUCAUCACUUUCAAUACUUCAUCCCCACACUACCAAAAGAGAUCCCAAAAUCCAAUCCGUUUUUCACUCAAAUCGCUGCUUAAAAUCAAGUUUGGAACGUUUGCUAAGGGUUGGAAGGCGAUUUGAAGCACAAUAUUAAGUUAUGGCGGGCAAACGAGAGCUUGUGCUAGGUAUCUGUGCCCCGGGAAUUGUUGAGGUUCCGCCUGAUAAACCUCCAUCUAGACCUGUUGCAUAUGAGAUUGAUACAUCAGAUCAUUUUUACACUGAAAUGGCAACCCCUGACCGAGAUGAGUUGAUUAGAUGGGCUCGGGAGAUUGCCUUAAAGCUAAAGUUUGCAAUUGUAAUUGGCAAAUCCGACAACGGCAGCGAUAAGAGGAAGCAAUAUUUCAGGUUGGAUUGCGAGCGGGGAGGCCGGUACGUGUCAACAAAUAAGAAGCUAAAAUCUGAUCAAACCGGCACGAGGAAAUGCGGCUGUCCAUUUCGACUCCGUGGUUAUUGUCAUGCCGAUAAAACAUGGCAUUUGACCGUUGUAAAUGGCAAACAUAACCACGAGUUGGACAAGGCAGUUGAAGGCCAUCUCAUUGUCGGUCGUCUCAAACCGGAAGAAAGGCAAUGUAUGGAGGAAAUGUCAAGGAAUUUGGUUCCGCCUAAGAAUAUAAUGUCCACAUUGAAAGAUAGGGAUCCAAACAACAAGACAACGGCAAAGCAACUCUACAAUUUAAGUCAUCGAUUAAAACUUAAAAUGAGGGCAUCAAUGACUGAAAUGCAACACCUCUCCAAAAGACUUGUCGAGACCGGGUAUUUUUUCAAACAUAGGACGGUUGUUGCAGACGGAUCCGAACACGUUCAAGACAUUUUCUUUGCACAUCCUAAAUCUAUAAGUUUGUUCAAUUCUUUUCCUACUGUGCUUUUGAUGGAUUCGACAUACAAAACAAACAAAUACAAAAUGCCGUUAUUUGAGAUUGUCGGAUUCACAUCAACUGGGAGAUCUUUCAAUGUUGGAUUUGCUUGGCUUACCAAUGAAAGAGAAGACAACUUCACUUGGGCUCUAGAGCAGUGUGUCAGUCUCUUAAGGAAUGAGGAUGUUAGACCGAAGGUGAUUGUCACCGAUAGGGAUUUGGCUCUGAUGAAUGCAGUUUCCGAGGUAUUUCCAACAUCGGCUGCAAUGGUUUGUCGUUUCCAUGUAAAAAAGAACGUGAGCUCUAAGAUGAAGGAAAUUGUGAAAAUCAAGAAUGGAGAGAAUGAGAAGCAGACUGAUGUGUGGGAUCAAAUCACCGAUGCUUUUAAUGAUGUGUUAGAGUCGCCAACGGAAAAAGAAUAUGCUGACAAUGUUAUGGUGUUUAGGGAGCUCUGUGCGAGAUGGCCAAAGUUUUUGCGUUAUGUUGAAGAGACUGUCCUAGACACUGAUAAAGAAAGGGUUGUCAAUGCUUGGGUAGACCAACAUAUGCACAUGGGGAAUCACACCACGAAUAGAGCUGAAUCAUGUCAUGGUGUGUUGAAAGGUUACUUGAAGGACGGUAACGGUGACUUGGUGAAAGGAUGGGAAGCGAUAAAUAAGAUGUUGAUAAGUCAGUUCACUGAAGUACAAGGUGAAUUCGGUCGGAGUAUGUCUGUUGCGGAACACAGAUACGAUGAUGAUCCUCUUUACGCAUUCUUGUUUUAUAAAAUCUCAAGAAAGGCUAUGGAUCACAUUUAUGACGAAGCAAACAGGGUCGAAGAAUGUGGUAUGGAUAGCAAAAAGUGUGGCUGUGUUAUGAGAAGGACAUACGGGUUGCCAUGUGCAUGCUUGAUUGCGAAGAAGAUAAAAAAUAACAAACCUAUCCGACUGGAUGAGAUUCACCCUCAAUGGAAGAAACUGUGUUUCGAAGAUGAGCCGGCACCGGGCGACGUGGCUGACGAUUAUGAUUGCUUGGCUGAGUGGAAAGCAAUUCAGGAACGAUUAAAAACAGCCGAUGUUAGCGUGAAGAAUGAUAUUAGGAAUCAACUUCGUCUCAUUGCAUAUCCAGAAACCACCUCUGUGAAACCUCCGCUUCAAAAGGCCAAAACAAAAGGUGCUAGAAAGAAAAAAUCAGUUCGUGUCACAAGAUCCACGAGCAGGGAUAAGUCUCGGUGGGAGCAUGUUGAUGAUCAUAUUGCAGCUACACAGGCAUCUCAGUCGCAAGCAACAAAGUCAAAGCCGUCGACUUCACAAACAGUGCCUGAGGUGCCUAAAGAACUCGUCAUCCGUACUUUGACUCCAGCACCUCCAGCACCUCCUGAAAUUCCUUUUAUCAACCAUAUGCCGAAGUUCAUGCACCCAUUUAUUGAAGAUAUUAUUGACGUUCAAGGUGACGGUUAUUGUGGAUACCGUGUGGUAGCUUUGCACCAAAAAGGAAAUCAACAAGAUUAUGAGUUGAUCAGACUGAACAUGGAGAGGGAGCUGAGAUUGCAUAAGGAAUCAUAUGUGGAGUUGUUCGAUACUGAGCGUUACAAGUAUGUCACGGAUGCACUUUUCCCACCACCGAGAAGGAGUAAACAUGCUAUUGCAACCAAGGACAAAUGGUUUACUUUUCCGGAUAUGGGUUACGUUGUGGCUACUCAUUUUCAGAGGGUUGUUGUUCAACUAUCAAAUAUGGAAAAGUGUGGAGCAUCUAGAACUUGUUUCCCAUUGCGUGGCAAACCUCCAUCAGACACGUCAGACUUGGAUUCCAAGAUUAUUUGCAUCGGCGCGCUCGCUGACCACUUUGUGUUAGUGCGAUUGAAAGUAGGAUGUCCGAUACCUCCAACGGCUCAUCAGUGGAAAAACUCUUGUUCCGAAGAAGCUGCAGAUUGGGAGCCCAUGUUUUUGGAUAGAAUGCAAAAGUUUGGUGAGCUGUUGACCAUUGAAAGAGCAGGCGAUGACUUAGUCACGAUUGGAAAGGGUAGCAAAGACGAUCCGUUGGAAUUGUAGUAGAUUUUAGUAGUUUCAUUUUGAAUUAGCUAAGCGCAUUAUUUUUUGAAAUGGUAGCUAAGCGCACUAUUUUUUGAAAGGGUAGCUAAGCGCAUUAUUUUGUGAUGUAUACCAUGCCGAUUAUGCUUUGUAACAUAUUAACUUUGUAUGCGCAAUUUACACAUGAACCUUGGUUAUGAAAUGUGGUAUUAUUGUAUAUUGAACUUUGGUAUUAUUGUUAUGAAAUAUGAUUAUGAAACUUUGGU